GUAGGCAGAAACGCCGGAGACAAAGAGGCAGACGAAGAGGGGCUCCCCUACGGCCAGGUCCACAGUCAGAGGACGAAUUUGGCCUCGCCCCAGCACAGCUGUCUGUCAAGAUCGGACCCUUCCUUUAGAGCAGACAGGACCACGUUUCAGAUGUUCGUGCCACCUCGGCAGAGGGAAAACACCAGAAAGGGUUUCAAUCCAAGUCUGGAUCACAGAAGGAGCUGGAUGUGGCUGAGUAUGCAGAUUGGAGACAAAACCAACAGCAGAGAAGGAUUGGCACAGCAGAGAAGAAAUCACACCGUAUCGGUCCACUCAGUGACUCUAGUAUGCCAUGUUUGUGUUUAUCUUGCAGUCUGCCUCAUGGUCUGGAUACUAAGAAUCACUUGACGAUUAGUUUGUCACCAUAAUGACCUCUAAAAACAGAACCAAUGACAUCAUUAAAAAACUUAAAGCUAGCAAAAAACAUCUCCUGGAGGAGAUAAACGAAAAGCGUGACUCCAACUGCUUUGUGGAAAGAAGCAAUCAAGUCAGUUUAUUGAGAGUUCAAAAGAGGCAUUUCAGUGGUGCCUACCAGUCCUUUACUCACACCCAAAUCAAAGAACCCGUUCCUGACAGUGGCAGGAGCUCCUGGGUCACACUGAGUCUCCUUGUUCACACCGAGAAAAAGCACUUUCCUGCAAAAAAUAAUGCCAUAUUUGGAUAAAGUGCAUCUCCAGAGACACACAGAAAUACAACCUCUUUGAUCCUUC